CUCCACACGAUGGAGGCUCAAAAGCGGAAGGAACGCGAACCUUGCCCGAGGCAAAAGGCGAACUUUCUUUCGUACAUCAUAUUCGCCUGGACGAUACCGAUCUUCUUCAAGGGCUACAAGAAGGAGCUAAACACGGACGAUCUGUAUCAACCGCUGCGGGAGCACAAAUCCGACGGGCUCGGAAAUCGAUUAUGUGAGGCGUGGGAAAAUGAACAGAAGCAGGCACGGUUGAAGAACAGAAAGCCGAAACUCUUGCGGGCAGGCUUUCGUGUGUUUGGAUGGGAGAUUGCCUUGUUAGGAUUGGUGCUGCUAACACUCGAGAUGCUCUUCAAAGUAUCGCAGCCUUUUUUCCUGGGCAAACUGGUGGCGUACUAUUCCCGGCAAUCGGGUGACCUUACGGAAGCGUAUCUGUACGCGGGUGCAGUAGUACUGUGCAGUGCGAUUAACGUCCUGUUUAUUCAUCCGUACAUGCUGUCCCAGUUGCAUCUGGGCAUGAAGCUGCGUGUAGCCGCGUGCAGUAUGAUCUACCGCAAGUCGCUUCGGCUGAGCAAAACGGCACUCGGCGACACGACGGCUGGACAGGUGGUGAAUCUACUGUCGAACGAUGUGGGUCGGUUAGAUUUGGCCGUACUGUUUGUGCAUUACCUAUGGAUUGGACCACUGGAAACGUUGGUUGUGACGUACCUGAUGUACCGUGAGAUCGGCUAUUCGGCUGUGUAUGGUGUACUGUUUUUGCUGCUAUUCAUUCCACUGCAAGCGUACCUUGGCAAGAAAACGUCGGAACUUCGAUUGCGUACGGCGCUGCGUACGGACGAGCGUGUGCGAUUGAUGAACGAAAUCAUCCAAGGCAUUCAGGUGAUCAAAAUGUACACGUGGGAGAAACCAUUCGCUGCGCUCGUAGCGAUGGCAAGAAAGAAGGAAAUCAAAGUGAUUCGCUACGUAUCGUACAUCCGGGGUAUUCUGCUAUCCUUCAUCAUGUUCACGACCCGCGUAUCGAUCUUUCUCAGUCUGGUUGCAUAUGCGCUUGCUGGGCAGGUUGUAACAGCGGAGAAAGCGUUCGCCAUUACGGCUUAUUACAACAUCCUUCGAACAACGAUGACCAUCUUCUUCCCGCAAGGUAUUGGCCAGUUUGCGGAAGCGCUUGUAUCCGUUCGUCGUAUCCAGAAGUUCAUGCAGUACGAAGAAAUUGAAGGUGCGGAAGGUGUUACAAUGGUAGCAGCCGAUGGAAAGGAUGUGUCGUCUUCAUCAUCCGAGCUGGAGGAGAAACCAAACUCGGACCCGCUGGCGUUGCCAAACAGCAAACUAAUCCGUCACUCAGAAUCGGACGGUUUGAAGGAAGGCGCACUGAACAAUCAUCUGUCGGAUGCGGGAGUGAUUGUGGAGAAGGCGGUAGCUCGCUGGGAUUCGAAAGCGACCGAGUUUACGCUGGAUGGGGUGGAUUUGCACGUACAACCCGGUACACUGGUAGCCGUCAUUGGACCGGUCGGUGCAGGCAAGUCCAGUCUGAUCCAUGCAAUCCUUGGCGAGUUGCCACUGGAAUCCGGAAACAUUAAAGUAAACGGAGAUAUUUCCUACGCGUCCCAGGAACCGUGGCUAUUCUCCGGUACGGUACGCCAGAACAUCCUGUUCGGAUUGCCGAUGGAUCGCGAACGCUACAAGCAGGUCGUGAAGACGUGUGCUCUCGAGCGUGAUUUUCAUCUAUUUUCCGACGGUGAUAAAACGAUCGUCGGCGAACGAGGUGUGUCGCUGUCCGGUGGGCAGAAGGCUCGCAUCAGUCUCGCCCGUGCCGUGUACCGGCGGGCGGAAGUGUACCUGCUCGACGAUCCACUGAGCGCCGUUGAUUCGCACGUUGGCCGGCACCUGUUUGACCAUUGCAUGCGCGACUAUCUGCGGGGCAAGAUCGUGAUCCUGGUGACGCACCAGCUGCAGUACCUGCAGAACGCGGACCAGAUCGUCGUGAUGAUGCACGGCCGGGUGGAAGCGGUCGGGACGUACGAUAAACUGCGCGAAAGUGGGCAGGACUUUGCACAGCUGCUGGCGGCACCAUCGGGCAAAGAGGACGACAGUACCGACACCGAGUCGAUCAAACGGUCGGGCAGUUUGUACAAACGGCAGAACAGUGAAUCGAGUAUGGAUUCGGCCGUAGCCGAUGGUGAUGGGCCGGAGAAUAAACCAUCCGAGGAACGGCAAAAGGAAGGAUCGAUUGGCUACGAUGUGUACCGGGCGUACUUUAAGGCGAGCGGAGGCAAUCUGGUGGUGCUGUUGAUUUUGUUUAUGUUCCUGCUAUCACAGUUAAGUGCUUCCGGGGGUGAUUAUUUCCUCACCUAUUGGGUGAAUAAAGCGGAAGAGAAGGCACCAGCUGUUAGUGAGGAAAGCCAAGCCAUGUUUAGUGCACUGAGCAAUGGGACAGCUAUCGAUGGCACUGAGGAUGGAUUUAAUGGUACUACAACUACGUUCGAACCACCGACGACUACUCCGGCAGCUACAGCGGGCGGUAUUGCCGUGUUCUUUACCGCAAUCAGGCAAAUGUUUGCGUCGGGUGAUGAGGACGAGGAUCGGUAUAUUGAUAUCUACAUCUUCACUGCACUAACGGUCGCGACGGUUGUGAUAACGCUCACCAGAAGCAUGUUCUUCUUCCGGACGGCAAUGAAAGCAUCCCGCAAACUGCACGACGCCAUGUUUAACGGUAUCACGCGUGCGUCCAUGUACUUCUUCAACACGAAUCCGUCCGGCCGUAUCUUGAACCGUUUCUCGAAGGAUAUGGGUCAAAUCGACGAGUAUCUGCCGAGUGUAACAGUGGACGUGAUACAGAUUUUCCUUUCGUUGAUCGGUAUCGUGGUGGUGGUAGCGAUCGUGAAUCCGUACAAUCUCAUCCCGACCGUCAUUAUUGGCAUCAUAUUCUACUUCAUGCGCGCCUUUUAUCUGCUCACAUCACGUAAUAUUAAGCGCGUUGAGGCAAUCACACGAUCACCGAUCUACUCCCAUCUUUCGGCAUCGCUUUCCGGUCUCUCCACCAUUCGUGCAUUCGGCGCCGAAAAGGUGCUCGUGCAUGAGUUCGACUCGCAUCAGGACCUGCACAGUUCAGCAUUCUACCUGUUCAUCUCGACGUCACGCGCUUUUGGCUUCUAUCUGGACGUGUUCUGUGUGAUCUACAUAGCAAUCGUCACGCUAACGUUCUUUAUUCGUGGCGAUAGUGGCGGUAACGUUGGGUUGGCCAUUACGCAAGCACUCGGUAUGACCGGCAUGGUGCAGUGGGGCAUGCGGCAAUCGGCUGAGCUCGAAAACACAAUGACAUCCGUGGAGCGUGUGGUAGAGUACGAUGAUGUUGAUCCGGAACCGGCGCUUGAAGCACCGGCCGAUAAAAAACCCCCGAAAGAGUGGCCCCAGGAGGGACGGAUCCAGUUCGAGAAGGUGACCCUACGCUACAGUCCCGAGUCCGACGGGGAUCUGGUGCUGCGUGAUUUGGAAUUCGAAAUUGAGCCACGCGAAAAGAUUGGUAUCGUGGGACGGACCGGUGCUGGCAAGUCGUCGCUAAUUAAUGCACUGUUCCGCCUGUCGUAUAAUGGUGGUUCGAUCUUAAUCGAUUCGCGCGACACGAACCAGAUGGGUCUGCACGAUUUGCGUGCGAAGCUCUCGAUCAUUCCCCAGGAACCGGUGCUGUUUUCGGGCACGCUACGGUACAAUCUCGAUCCGUUCGAUGAGUAUCCGGACGAGAAGCUGUGGCGUGCGCUGAAGGAAGUGAAGUUGGAGGAGGCUGUAAACGAACUGCCCUCCGGACUGUCUUCCAAGAUUAACGAGGGAGGCAGUAACUUUAGCGUAGGUCAACGGCAGCUCGUUUGUUUGGCCCGGGCUAUCCUGCGCGAGAAUAAGAUUCUGGUAAUGGAUGAAGCGACGGCGAACGUUGAUCCACAAACGGAUAAGCUGAUCCAGCAGACGAUACGGGAAAAAUUCAACGACUGUACAGUAUUGACGAUAGCCCACCGAUUGAACACCGUUAUGGAUUCAGAUAAGGUGCUUGUAAUGGACGCAGGUCGUUGCGUUGAGUUCGGUACACCGUACGAACUGUUAACCACCGAAGGAGGACCUAAAGUGUUCUACGGCAUGGUGAAACAAACAGGCAAAAGCACAUUCAAUACACUGCUGAAGAUCGCCGAGGAGUCUCACAAUCAAAAGCUUAAACCGAUAAAGGAGGCUGAAGCAACAAAAUAGAUUCCUGCA